CCCUCCCUCGCCUUAUGCCCUUGGGACAAUCCCCUUCGCCAUCUUGUGAUUAGCCAAGCAAGGGAAGUUUGCAACGUAAGCCCCUCAGCCCUCGUUUUAAGUCGGCUUUGCGAGUGUACAAUUAUGUUCACUCUGGGGCCUGAAACUCCCCAUAAUUCAAUUCGCGACGAUUGUACAUACGCUAAGAAAAGUCUGCGAAAACUUUAAAACAACAUCAAUGGAGAAGUCAACAUACAAGUAACUUGACGGAUUGACUCUACAAGACCCGAAUAUGGCUAGUGUGCAGCAGAAGGAGGUGCUGAGGAUUGUUCUUGUUGGGAAGACUGGAGUUGGGAAGAGUGCAACAGCAAAUACCAUCCUGGGGAAAAAAGCUUUUGAAUCUCAUUUUUCCCCUGCUUCUCUGACAAUAGAGUGUGACAAGGCUAGAGGGGAGGUGGAUGGGAGAGAAGUUGCUAUUGUUGACACUCCAGGCUUGUUUGACACCAAGAUAACACAAAGGGAGACCCUGAUGAAGAUUGCGAAGUGCAUCUCCUUCUCUGCUCCUGGUCCCCAUGUGUUCCUUGUGGUGAUGGCGCUGGGUAGAUAUACACAGGAGGAGAGAGACACAGUGGAGAUGAUUCAGGAAUUCUUUGGAAAAGAUGCAGGAAAAUACAUCAUAGUCCAGUUCACAAAUGCAGACCAGCUUGAAGAAGAACAAACAAUUGAAGACUUUUUACGUGCCUGUCCAGAUCUUCAGGAUGUCAUUACCAAAUGCGGUGGGCGGUAUCAUGUUUUCAACAACAGAGAUAAGAAGAAUCGCUCCCAGGUCACUGAGCUGCUUGAGAAGAUAAACAAGAUGGUCACGAUGAAUGGAGGAAGCUACUAUACCACUGAGAUGUUCCAAACGGCUGAGAGGGCGAUUGAAGAGGAGAAGAAGAGGAUCCUGAGAGAGCAGGAAAAGGAGACACUCAGAGCGGAGGAGGAACUAAAGGCAAAAUAUGAAGGAGAGUUCCUAAAGAAAGAACAAGAGAUGCUAAGGAAAAUCAAGGAAGAAGAAGCCAGAAGAGAAGCCGAAAGAAAAAAUGAAUACACAAAAAAUCCUCCAAACCGUGGUUGGUGUAGUAUCUUAUGAGAUGGUGUCGUCAGAACAACAAUUAAUCGUGAGAUGGCAUUGCAUUAGGCAUGUGACAAUGGAACAAAACAAUUACUGCAAACUUAAUUAAAUUCACGGCAGUAUUAGAACUAUCCAUUUUAAUGCAGUCAUUUAUUAUUAGGAUAGAGCUUGAUUUGCCCUUAAACUCAUGUCCUUUGUUUACAAUUGUACCAUUGAGUGACCUGUUUUUUUAAAUGCUGACUCUGGUAACUUAAAAUGUCUGAAGUGUAACAGAUAAAACAUAGACACAUAUGAAUGUGACUGCAUGUACCCAGAAUUCUGUAUUAAAGCUAUUGCUUCAACUGCA